AUAUCGCCGCCUCCCCCUCCUCGUCUCGCCCAAGAACGCGACCGUCUCUCUCUCCUCGUCCUUCCUCUCUCUCUCUCACCGUCGACGAGCGAACGAUCCAGCAAGGUAGCUAGCUAGCUAGCCAGCCAGGCGCGUCGAUCGACGACGACGACGAUGGUGGUGGUGGUGGCGCAGAUCGCGGUGGCGUCUGCGGGCCUCGGGAUGCUGGCCGGCGUGGCGAUGGCGAACAGGUCCAUGGGAGGGGCCAGCGAGAGCGGGGGGAGGAGGCUGACCUCCGGCUCCGGGUCGAUGUCGUCGUCGUCCGCGGCGGCGGCGCUGCGGUGGACGGCGCCUCCGCCGUGCGCGGCGUGCGGGGGGACGGGGCGGGAGGAGUGCCGCCUCUGCACGCGGUGGUCCGACGGGGACUGCUCCGGCUGCUGCGCCUGCGCCGGCACGCGCCGCGCGCCCUGCCGGAGCUGCGGCGGCUCCGGCACCGGCCGCCGCGCCCCCGUCCGCGUCUCCUCCGCUCCGCCCGGCCGCCUGCACCUCAAGCGCUGACUCGACCGCUGCUUCCAUCCAAUCCAACCUGUCGAUCGCUCGCGUGGUCGAGCUCGCCAUGGCUAGGCUUAGCAAGCUCUUGAUUGAUUUCUCCCGCCGGCAAAUUCGAAGGAGAUGAUCACCGUGUAACAUACUACUCAGAGGAGAGCACUAGAUUAGCUAGCGGGUUAGUUAGUUAAUUACUCUAGCUGAUUAGUAAUUAAGUAGCACUUAGCUUAAUUACCAAUUUUUCAUCAGGCCUCCUGUGCCUGUGUCUGAUCUGUUCAUGCGUCAAUUGGUAUGCACUCUUCGGAAUUGGAGAAAUGGGGGAAAAACAUUGCAUAUCUAUGUCGUCGGAAAUUGCAGUGUUCAUCUGUACAAUAAUUAUUCAGUAAUUUACCAAGUAGACACACCACUUGCAUAUAUAUAUUCCACAGAUCAAAGAACUGAGCUGACUAAUCAAAUCUUACCCAUGUUUACGGGAGACAGCCGAUGAAAACGG